AUGUUACAUUUAAUGGAGGUAGAUGAUAAGAUAAAGGAGACAGUAAGAAGAGAGAGAAGAAUAAGAAAGGGAUUAAUAAAAGAAGAAGAAGAAGAAGAAGAAGAAGAAAAAGAAGAAAAAAGAGGAGAAAAAGAAAAAGAAGAAGAUAAUAAUAUAAUACGUUAUUCUUUAUUAUGUAAUAUAGAGAGUAUAAAUAUACAGGAGACACUUAUCUCUCUUGGGUAUAAAAGGGAUGAAUAUAGCGAAGGUUUAUCCCCUGAGGGGACAAUACAUGAUUCUUCUUCUUCUUUCUUCUGGAUGUCUGCAUCUAUACCUAUAAAAGGAGACAAUAAUAAACAAUCUCUUCCUGCUAAGGCUUUUGUUGAAUCCUUAUUACUUAGGGACGAGGCCUUAUUCUUAGAGGAGGAUAUAGCAGAGAUAGCUGAUGCAGUACAAGGGCAUGGAGAUAUAGAUAAGACACUAAGAAGGAUACAAAGAUAUAGCGGGGUGUCUCCUCGUUGUCCCCAACUGUCUCCUGUUGAUUGGGCAAAUCUACAGGCAGCAGCAACAAAAGAAGUUGCUGAAUUAAGGGGACUGUCUCCUUCUGCUGCUGCUGAAUAUAUUGCUGCUGCUGCUGCUGCUGAGGAAGAAGGUAAGAUAUCUCUCCCUAUUAUUGAUACUACUAGUACUAGUAGUAAGGAGACACCAGAGCAGCAACUGCAGCAACUGCAGCAGCUAAAACUGCAGCAAGAAUUGCAGCAACAGAAGCUGCUGCUGCAGAAGGAAGAAGAAGAGGAGACAGAAAAGGAGACAAUGCGUCUUAGACAAAAGAUAAGAAAUGUUGAGCUGCAGCACGAGCUGCAGCUGCAGGCACAGCUAAGGAAGCAAACACAGCAGCAAGAGCAGCAACUGCAUGCAUUAGAGCAGCAACUGCAGCAGAUGUAUGAUAAGAUAGAAGCAGCACGUGAUGAAUUGCAUGCAGUACAAGCAGCAACAGCAGCAGCAACAGCAGCAAAAGUAGAAGCAGAGACUAUAGGUAUAGCAGCAAAAAAAAUAAAUAAACAAAGACGUGCUGCUGCACUUAAUGUGCUGCUGCCUAUGGGGACAGCUAGCGAUCUAUGGGCAAAAAGAGCAACAGAAGAUCCAGCAGCAAGAAAGAUGCGGCUGUAUGUACAGCCUUUCUUAUUUGUUGCUGCUGCUGUCCUCCUUUCUGUGUUAUUCUUUGAGGCACACAAGGCAGCAAAAGCAGCACCAGCAAGACGUACAAGACGUCCUUCUUAUAAGGAGAGUGGUGUAGAUACAGGUGCUACUGCUGCUGCUGGUAGCAGCAGCAGCAGCAAUGGUAAGGAGGCUGUCUCUGUUGAACAUGUUGCUGCAGCAGCAGCAGCAGCAGCAGCAGAUAUGAAUGAUUUUGGCAGGUCUGCAAGGGGGUUCGGUAGAUCAUCAAGGCAUUACUAA